AUGUCUGAAUUGAAAGUUCUUAUCAUAAUCAACCAGAAUUCUGUUCGCACUAAACUUGAUGGCAUGUCAUCUUUUGGUUCUUUGACAAAGUUGAAGAGUCUUAGACUUAAAAAAUUGAAUGUCCCUAAUCUUCAAAACCAUUGUCAAUCUUUUAAAGAAAGUCUGAAGAAGAUAUCAUUGUGUCUUUGCAGCGGUGAUAAUGCAGAAUUAAACAUAGAAGUGUGUUCAGAGCUACAUAAUCUUGAAGAGAUUAGUAUUGAUUGUUGUGUGAACAUCAAAGAAUUUCCAGUUGGCAUUUGUAAUUUAACUUCUCUCAAGAGAUUGAUCAUCACAAACUAUCAUGAGCUUAAAAAAAUACCUGACAAUAUAGGGGAGCUUGCAGGGUCUCUAGAAGAGUUGACAUUAUAUGCUUGUGCCACUUUGAGAGAACUGCCAGCCUCAAUUUGUGAGCUGGAAAAGUUAGAACUUCUUGAUAUUUCAAAGUGUCAAUAUUUAGAGAGACUGCCAUCUCAAGUUGGUAAGUUAAACAAACUCCAAACUCUUAGGAUAAGGGAGUGUGAAAAAAUCAAGCAACUUCCUCAAUCAGCUAGCAGGCUUAUAUCUUUGCGGCAUUUGAUCUGUGACACACAAUUUGAAAAUCAAUGUUCAAGCCUGUCGAGGGCCAAUUCUAAUCUUGAAAUAAUUGGCAUAGAACCAGAACACCAUUUAAGAUGGUUGGACCAAUAA